CCCAAAACAAAUUCUAUGUACGUCCAUUGGCAAACAGUGCAAAGUGUUUCAUACCAGACACUACCUAAAUAUGUUCAGACAUUUGACUCUCACCUUUCAGAUUAUGGAAGCAGUGUACACGUUGUUGGACUGACACGACGACCUCUUCUGGUUUCAUGUCCUAAACUCCACCUGGACGCGGCUCGGGCGAACACAAGGAGGUGCCACGUAACUACAGACGGUCAGCUAGUUAACUCGCCGCCCGACACACGGGAUGUGGGGCAGAACAGACUACAGAGGUACCCGGGGACCUGUAGCUCCCCCACCCCCCUUCCUCCAUCCUCCUCCACCCUCACACCCCUACCCACCACCCCCAGAUACUGGGAGACAGAAACCAGGGUGAGGGUGGUGGGUGAUGAGCUGUACCCGCUAGUCCUGGAGAUGGGACUGUGUGAGGCAGGACAGAUGGACAGUGGGAUGUAUGUUUCUCUACAGCGCCGCUCCUGGUGUGUCCGUGUAGACAGCUGUUACAGACACGGGUGGAGGAUCUGUACCAGGGUGUGUAGGGAGGGGAAGGAUGGCGAGUGUCACCAGAACACCAUGUCCGACACUCCCGGCACACAGGCCACCCUCCACUAUGGCGUUGUACUGGAUGUGGGGAGGGGACGAGUGGCAUUCAUUGACCUGGACAGACAGGUUGUUCUAGACAAGUAUGAUGUUGAGUUCAGUGAGCCACUCGUCCCCAUGUUUAGUGUUGGGACGCCGUAUCCUGGCCACACUGCGUCCAUGAGUCUGAUCAGCGGGGAGGACAUCGACAUGACUGACACAAAGAUGGCUCUCAUCUACCAAGCGCUGAAAUAGAAAAUUAACUGGCCAUGAAACUGUGAAAUCGGCCAUGAGACUGUGUGAAGUCAGCCAUGGGGUUGUGUGAACUUAUCUGUGUAACGGAGAUAUUUCUAUCAACUGUUUCAAGGAAAGUGAGUGAAGCGGACAUAGAAGGGUUCGGUUUGUGUUCUGUUUGUUGUGUACAAAAUACAACCAAGUUCUUCGAAUGUCUGCUUUCACCACUUUCCUGGGUUCUCCUGAGACUGGAAAACAUUUUAAAUACUCACAUGAAUAUCAGUAUGAUGAAACUAUUGCUGUAGACGAUGUAAUUGUCCGACAGUAAAUGAUUCUAAUGACGUGUGAUGCAAGUCAAGGGACACAGAAGAAGUGAACACACAAAAUGUAAAAAUUGUUUCAAAACCA